AUGCUCAUGCAGCAGCGGCACAAGCUGCAGAAAGACACGCAGCUUGAGGUCAGAAAUACCAAGUACAACAUGAGCCGGAUUCAGGAAAGCUGGCUGAAGAUCAUGCGCUCAGCGAAGACCAAGCAGCUGAAGAAGCAGGUUGAGAUCAUCUCCCAGAAUCACGAGCGCGACGUUGAUCGCAAAGAUGCCAUUCUCCAGAUGUUAGAUCGAGACCUGGAUGAGGCUGAGGAGCAACACCAGGUGGCUGUGAGAAGCCAUCUUCUCAAUGUAGAUCGCCUUUUGGAGAUACAGCAGAGCAGGCUCCUUGCUUUGGACGAGGAGUUCCAGCGAGAUGUUGCCACGCUCAGGGAGGAGUUCCGAAUCGAGCGAGAGAACAUCCAGGAACGACAUGCACUGGAGAAGCGAGAACUCGCUCUGAUAGUAGAACAAGUGGAGCGUGAAGAGAAGAAUCGCGAAAUGGCGGAUAUCACCGACCACCAAUCCCAGUUUGAACUCAUCCGCAACAAGAACAUCGAGGAGGACCACCAGAUGCGUUCUGGGCUGGAGGAGCAGAUUGAGGAGACUCGUGCAAGGUGCAAAGAGAGGCUGCAAGCCUACGAGAAGUCGACUGAAAGCAGCACGACGGAAUACAAGGAGUACCUCCGUCGUGAUGCAUCUCUCAGUGACCAGGUUGAGCGGAGGCUGCGGCAGGUGGAGCGCAUGCAGGCCGCCAUCCAGCACUGGAAGCAGAAGAUCGCGCAGAACAGGCAGGAGUGCGAGGAGCGGAAUCAGCAGCUCCGCACGGAGAAGGACCACAUCGCGAAACACUUCCAGGAGCUCAAGGCGAAGAUGAAUCACUUCCGCACGGAGGGCAAAAAGCGCCUCGCAGACCUGACAAUGAAUGCCAGGAACUGCAUCAAGUCCUUGAAAGACCAGCUGGGUCUUGCCGAGAGGAUCUUGAAGACUGCAGAGCUUUGCAGGAAGUUCGAGACGGAGCGGGAGAAGGUGCUCCCGUUCUAUCUGUCACGUGACAUCCUCCAAGAGUUUGAGGAAGGUGAGCUCGAGUUCGGAGAUGAGGACCUCAAAGAGGAAAUCCGAAAGGAGCUCACAGACGUUGGCAUCGAUGAGUGGACCUACUUGGACAAUUUCUUUAAGCGGUACAACAAGGUGAAACUAGACUUCCAUGCAGUUGAACAGGAGGGAAAGCGCCUCACAAAGGAGAAUGUACAGUUGCGUUCCAUCCUGAAACAGUUCCUCGACGGAGUAAGUGUCAAUGAGGAUGUGCUGUCGGCACCAAAUCCUCUGCUGGUGGUGAACGGCAAGGUGAAUCUGAACCACGUGCCAGUCAAGCGUGCCGCAGACAAGACUGUGUAUGUGGAGGCAGCGCACCAUGCUGGCAACACCGUUGUCAGGCGCUGA